ACAUAACAAUCGGAGCCGGAACCUGGGGACACAGGCAGAAAUCCAUCCACUUUGUAAGUGCAGAAAGCAGGGAACUAUCCUGAGUUAUUUUAUUCAAGUCCAGCACUCUAAGUUCUCAAAUUUCCCAAGAAGGAAGUGAGAGAGGCAGCACGCAACAUCUCAUCUGCUCUACCAAGAACUCCAAAGACUGUGUAGAUCCAAAGAAAAGCAGCUGAAGAAAAGAAUGAAAGUUUGGUUGGGGAGGAUAUCUGGCCUCAUCUGAUUUUACUCCCAUAUGGACCAAACAGAAAUGGCAAGUACUCAAUUUGAAUGUCAAUACUGCACGACAUCCCUUCUUGGGAAGAAGUAUGUACUCAAGGAUGAUCAUCUCUACUGCGUCUCCUGCUAUGAUCGGAUCUUUUCUAACUAUUGUGAGCAGUGCAAAGAGCCAAUUGAAUCAGAUUCUAAGGAUCUUUGUUACAAAAACCGUCACUGGCAUGAAGGUUGCUUCAAGUGCACCAAAUGCGACCACUCUUUGGUGGAAAAGCCUUUUGUUGCCAAGGAUGAGCGUCUGCUGUGCACAGACUGUUAUUCUAAUGAGUGUUCCUCCAAGUGCUUCCACUGCAAGAGAAACAUCAUGCCAGGUUCUCGAAAAAUGGAAUUUAAGGGCAACUACUGGCAUGAAACCUGUUUUGUGUGUGAGCACUGCCGACAGCCGAUAGGAACCAAGCCUCUGAUCUCGAAAGAGAGUGGCAAUUAUUGUGUGCCGUGCUUCGAGAAGGAGUUCGCUCACUACUGCAACUUCUGCAAGAAGGUGAUAACUUCCGGUGGGAUAACCUUCCGUGACCAGUUAUGGCAUAAAGAGUGUUUUCUGUGCAGCGGCUGCCGGAAAGAGCUUUGCGAGGAGGCAUUUAUGUCCAGGGAUGAUUUCCCGUUCUGCUUGGAUUGCUACAACCAUCUUUACGCAAAAAAGUGUGCAGCCUGCACCAAACCCAUCACUGGUCUCAGAGGUGCCAAGUUCAUCUGCUUUCAAGACCGCCAGUGGCACAGCGAGUGCUUCAACUGUGGGAAGUGCUCCGUCUCCUUGGUGGGCGAAGGAUUCUUGACUCAGAACAUGGAAAUCUUCUGCCGCAAGUGUGGCUCUGGGGCAGACACUGACGCGUAGGAAGAGACGGUCUCUCCCCGACCUGAAACCCACUUUGCCUUCACUCUCACUAAAACGGGAACUCGGUGGCAGUAA